AUGUCAUCCACGGGCAUCGAGCGCGCAGGGCACCACGGCGACCCGCCGAAUUAUGGCUACUCCCAUCACGGGCGCUUCCCCGAUGAAAAGGUCGUCGGCGAACAGUACGGCGAGCCCCUGGACGGCGGCUUUCGUUCCUCGCUGGACUCGAGCAGUAAGCAGGAUCAUACCCAUCGCAAACUCAAGUCGCGCCACAUCCAGCUGAUUGGCAUCGGUGGCACGAUCGGAACCGCUCUUUACGUCCAAAUCGGAAGGGGUCUGCUCAACGGUGGCCCAGCGAGUCUGUUCAUAGCCUUCAGCGUCUGGUGUACCUUCAUCCUGGCCGUGACUCUCAGCAUGGCCGAGAUGGUCACUUACCUCCCCAUCUCGAGUCCCUUCAUCCGCUUCGCCGGCCGCUACGUCGACGAGGCUUUCGGGUUUGCUGCUGGUUGGAACUUCUUCGUCUUCGAAGCUGCCCUGGUCCCCUUCGAGGUCGUCGCAUGCAACCUCAUCAUCCACUUCUGGAGCGACGCCGUCCCGGCCGGGGGCAUCAUCGCCAUCAUCCUCGUUUUGUACGGUGUCAUCAACGUCAUGGCCGUGCAGUGGUACGGCGAGACGGAGUUCUGGGCAGCGCUCGGCAAGUUCCUUCUGAUCGUCGGCCUCAUCAUCUUCACCUUCAUCGUCAUGCUCGGCGGGAACCCCUUGGGAGACCGAUUUGGUUUUAGAUACUGGUAUGAACCCGGAGCUUUUGCGGAACUCUACUACAGUGGUUCCCUCGGCAAAUUUCUCGGAUUUUUGCAGUGUCUUAUCCAAGCAUCCUUCACGAUCGCCGGGCCAGACUACGUUUCCAUGGCCGCCGGCGAGGCGGAGAACCCGCGCAAGAUUAUGCCCCGCGCCUUCAACGCCGUCUUCUACCGUCUCACUUCCUUCUUCGUUCUCGGCUCUCUCUGCGUCGGCAUCUUGGUACCCUACAAUGACGAGGAACUCACUCGCGCCUUCAAGGACGGCGAGCCAGGUGCCUCUGCAUCUCCCUACGUUGUAGCCAUGAACCGCCUAAAGAUCGGGGUCCUGCCCCAUAUUGUCAACGCCAUGGUGCUCACGGCCGCAUUUUCCGCAGGCAACAGUUACGUCUACUGCGCUUCGCGUUCGCUGUACGGACUUGCCCUCGAGGGCAAGGCGCCUGCGCUGUUCAAGAGGUGCACGAAGAAGGGUGUUCCGGUCUACUGCGUCAUCGUCGUCUUGCUCAUCGGACUUCUGAGUUUCCUCCAGCUCAGCGCCAACACGGCCGUCGUGCUGAAUUGGUUCGUCAGUCUGGUCACCGCUUCGCAACUGAUCAACUUUGCGUGCAUGUGCACGGCGUACCUGGGCUUCUACCGCGCUCUCAAGGCUCAGGGCAUCAGCCGCGACUCGCUGCCAUACAAGGCCUGGUUCCAGCCGUAUGCCGCCUGGUACGGUCUCAUCGGCACCUUCAUCAUGACUUUUGUUAGUGGAUACACUGUCUUUCUGCCCCUAGACGGGUAUUGGAACAUCCCCGACUUUUUGUUCUCGUAA